AUGAAAAGUGACAAAACAACUAUGAUUGGUGUUGAUCCAGCGAUCGAAUCAUUUUCAUCUCGUCGAGUGAUUAUAUCGAUUAGAAUCCCAUACCUCGAACAUGAUUUCUUUGCUACAUGGUGUGGACCAUGUUUACGUAUUGCACCAAAGAUUGAAGAUUGGAGUUCAGGUGAUUAUAAAGAUAACGUAGUUUUCCUCAAGUGCGAUGUUGACCAGGCCGAAGCUGUUUCUCAAGAAUUUAAUGUUGAAGCCAUGCCAACAUUCGUCUUCUUCAAAGACGGCAAAGAAGUUCACCGAGUCGUUGGUGCCAAUGUCGAUCAAUUGAAAGCCGAUAUUGAUAAACAUCGUCAAUAA